UUGUUUUCGCUAACUUUCCAGUGGAAGUCGGACAGCUUUAGAGCUUGAACUCAUCAACAAGCCGUCUCAGGCUGGCCCAUCACGGCCAGUUGUUCUUUUCUCUUUCCUCUCCCUCGUUUUUUUGGGGAGUCCUGUUUUUUCUCGCCCUCUGCCUGCAGUCACAGUGGGAGUGGGUGUGUCGAUGCGGGCCAGUGCAGCCUAGUCGCUGCUUGUGCGCACUCUGAAAAAGAGGAAAAAGUUGAUGAUGACUUUAGAGUGAAAGCGGCCCGCCUCGGAGCAGGCUAACCGUCUAGGAAUGGCAGUUUGGACCAGAGCGGACAAAAACGGCCAACUCGACCUUCUGCUCCGCGACCGCUGGAUGCGAGUGGCCGCCGAACUCACCCGAGAAACGCUGACUUUAACGGCCGAGGCGGAGGCAACCGGACAAGGGGGAAAUCACUGGGACUACAACAACUCUUCGGCAGGCCUACGAAAUGGCAUGUCGAACGGAAACGACCCGGGAACGAGUCCGGGGAACCCUGGCCGCGGUCCGUCCUCAGGUCCAGACCAACUCCAGAACCAGAACCACGGGGGUAGGGGGCGCAGUGGCAGCCCGGGGCGCGGGGGUGUCAGUCGAGGUCAAUACGACGCCAACUGCGGUCCGAACAGCCCCGGAAAGUACCCGAAUAACGGCACAAACUCUGAAUUUGGAAGCCCUGGAUCCAGCUACGGCAGUCCCGGGUCCAGCUUCGGGUCGAGACAAGGCGACAUUCCCGUCAGCCUGGACGGCUCCUCGGAAGCUGUGCGGAAAGUCCGAGUUGUCAAACAGGAGUCUGGCGGGCUGGGGAUCAGUAUCAAAGGUGGGCGCGAGAACCGGAUGCCCAUACUCAUCUCCAAGAUCUUCCCGGGUCUCGCCGCCGACCAGAGCCGGGCUCUCCGGGUGGGCGACGCGAUCCUGUCGGUGAAUGGGAACGACCUCCGGGAGGCAACGCACGACCUGGCGGUCCAGGCGCUGAAGAAGGCGGGGAAAGAAGUAACGCUGGAGGUGAAAUACAUCCGCGAGGUUUCUCCACUCUUCAAGAAGCCGUCCCUGGUGGCCGACCUGCCGUGGGACGGCGUCCGCCCACAGUCGCCCAGCUACAGCGGCAGCGAGGACUCCGGGUCGCCCAAACACUGCGGCUCCUCCUCCUCCAAAGACAGAAAAGUCAUUAGCCUGAAGAUGUGCUUCAUCAGCAGGAACCUCACCAUGCCCGAUCUGGAGAACAGACUUUUGGAGCUCCAUUCCCCGGAUGGCCAGCACACGGUGGUGCUGCGCUGCAAAGACGGCCCCACCGCCAACUCCUGGUUCACCGCCGUCCACACCAACAUUGCCGCUCUGCUGCCGCACACCCUGGCUCACAUCAACGCCUACCUGGGGGCCUCGUCUUCAGCCGCCACCAACCCCCAUCUCAAACACAUCGGCUGGCUGGCCGAACAGGUCCAGCUGGAAGGUGGACGGCAGCAGUACAAGCCAGUGGUCAUGGCACUAACGGAGAAGGACAUCCUGCUAUUCGAAUCGGUGCCAUGGAGCAGAGAGUCCUGGUCCAUGCCUCUGCUCACACACCCGCUGCUAGCCACAAGACUGGUUCAUUCUGGCAGCGCCCGGGGUUCUCCUGCCCAGGGUUCGGACAUGGUGUUCGCCACUCGGACGGGCACAGGGCGGGGCAUUGAGUCCCACAUCUUCCGAGUGGAGACUCACUGGGAUCUGUCAUCAUGGACGCGAGCCCUCGUGCAGGGGGCACACGCUGCCGCUGAGCUCAUCAAAGAAGUCUCCAUUGGUUGCACGUUAAACAAGCAGGACAUCCGGCUCACGUUGCACUACGAGAAGGGCUUCACGGUGACGAGAGAGCCAGCAGAGCCAGCGGGGGGUGCCGUGCUGUAUAGAUACCCCUACGAGAAGCUCAAGAUGUCCGCCGACGAUGGGAUACGCAACCUCUACCUUGACUUUGGGGGUCCAGAGGGAGAGAUGGUAUUUGACCUCCACUCAGGGCCAAAGCCGGUGGUGUUCGUCCUCCACUCCUUCCUGUCAGCCAAGCUCACCCGAAUGGGCCUUCUGACGUGAAACAACCGACCACGGGACCUCUGUUCCGUGCCCGGGCCUGGCGAGGAGGAGGGGGAGGGAAGACGCUCCCAAAACGCUGAUACCGGGGUGUUGAUUUUCAAUUUCUUUUUGUUCUUUUUUUUGUUUUCCAAUUUCUCCAUUCACAACUGAAACUGCAAAGGCAGAUUUGACCCCCUGAAGCUGUUGAUUGUCUGUCUGAAAAUUGUGCCUCUUCUAACUUCUCCUCGGCCUAUUGUAAUCAUUUGUAUUGCGAGGUCGGGAAUAAGGAAGUGGCGCUUUGCUUGAAGUCAUGAGGUGUCGGGAGACGGUUACACACAAAAAAAAGGUGUUGAAAAAUCAAAGAACAUUCCAUUAUAUUAUGUAUGAUUAUCUGAUACGAUGUUAAAGACUCCAUGACCCGUGGAAUUCUAGCAAAGUGUUACUGAAAUACAUGAGGGAAAGGAAGGAUUUUUAGACGAUGAAUACACAGCCAAGCACAGAUCGGUGAAUGUUCCCUGUUUUGAACUCUAUGCCUAUCAUUCCACAACAGCCUUCCAAUGUAGUUUGGGCUCUUCUUAAUGCAUUUGUGUGGCCGCUGUUUCACCGUCAGAAUGCAGUUUAAUGAGCUCUGUGUGUGUGUGUGUGUGUGUGUGUGUGUGUGUGUGUGUGU